AUGCGGGGAGAAGUGGCGCUUGUGCUGCUAGCGAUGGUGGUGGGUGGGACGAAGGGGACGCAAAUCGUGAGCAGGAGUGUGGGACAGAGCAAUCCCUUCGUAGACAGUGACAACACCAUCACUGUCACCCUCUCUGUGAAUGGAGACGUUCCCCAGUACUCCAACCUCACCAUUUCAAACCUUGUCAAUAUCAGCGCCCCUCGCAGUAUGAACACGAUUCCAGUCCGUACAGCAGACUCCAAGACCUUAUCAAACGUGCUUUGGAGUCCCUGGUAUGCUUCUCUGGUCUUGACGCUCGGCAAGAAGCUACCAGCAAACCAAAGUCUUGUGUUCUCAUUUGAUAUCCGCAAUCCCAGGAAUGAGAAUAGCAACCCGCAAAGUUUGCUGGUCUCUUUGGACUAUUCUUUCAUCUGCCUUUCGGGCUCUAGCUACUGUUUUCAGGGGCAUCGUUGGUGUGCAGCCAACUUAUCAUUCGGAGGGAACGGUACUUACCAGAACUGCAGCAGCAAGUAUGAUUGCUCGGGGACAUGUCGGAAUGGGACGGUGAAUCCCUACGAUUCCAUUGUAAAUUCAACCUGCUUCAGCAAUAAGGACACCAAAACUUGCUAUCAAUCCUGUGUAAAUUCCAGCCGCUGCUUACCAUAUUGCGUCAACCAGACAAUGGAGAAUUGCACAAGCAACGAUCCGAACAAUCCGCUCAAUCGAACUUGCGUGAACAUUACUUUGCAAGCAUGCUUUGAUAACUGUACGGUCUUGGUCAACUCACAGUGUUUUGAAAAUUGCACAGUGAAUGUGAGUAGCAAUGUGGUAUGUCAAGAUUAUUGCCCUCCAAAUGUUACCGGCAACUGCACGUGCAAGUUACCUAACACUGGAAGUGUUUGUCAGUCUAGUCAGGAUUGUACAGAGAAUGGAGUCUGCGAUCACUUACAGUGUAAUGAACCGAACACGAAUACUCUCUGCUCCAGCACGAGCUCUUGUACAGGGAAUGGUGUUUGCACAGCAGCGAACACUUACACUCUAUGUUCAGAUACAUCGGAAUGUACAGGGCAAGGAGUUUGUCAACGCCAAACUAAGCUGUCUGCUGUUCUGAAUGCUGCCGUGUACACAAUAUAUGGUGUCAGUUCUGGUUCUGUACCUUUAAGAACAUUUCAGCCCACAAUUUCGAAUGCAAAGAUGUUUCAAAACUCGGCACUCCUAAACGCCAUGAAUCAACUCAACUUUUCAUUUGACAUCAAUGCAGACCUUGUUUAUCCUUCAACAGUGACCAUUUCUGGCCUUCGAAGCGUUGACAUUGGUUAUCAGCCAUCUAUACAAGGAAUUUCUUCGACACAAUUUUUCAUCAAUGGUGCCUCGGGUUAUGGCGAAGAGAGAGAUGGAGUGUUGAGUCUCCGAGUUGGGCGGCAGCGAACUCUGUCGAAGGGGACCGUCGAGUUUUCUGUCCUUGUGAAAAAUGUUCAGAUCAAUGCUCAGAAUUCGGUGUAUGUCAAUGGUACAACCUUUGAAACGCAAAUAGCCAGUCAGCUGUUUUCCAAUGACGUGACUGCCGGUUGGAAUCUGCCAGCCCUGACGUUUGUUCAGGCCUCAUUCCAAGUGCAAUAUUUCACACAGAGCAAUCCUUUCCCCUCGACUAGGAACACUCUCUCUCUCAAUCUUACUAUCAAUGCAAACUUGUUGAAAGGAAGUCUCGUCCGGCUCAGUGGACUCAAGGGAAUCAACUCCGUAUUGAGCUUUGACGGCUCGCAAUCUUUCACGCUGACUUUUGAUUCGCCAACAAACACUAUCUCACUUGCUCUCAAGGUAAACUUGCUUGCAGGCCAGAAUAUCGCCCUCAAAUUCGACGUGCUCAAUCCUUCUUCUCCUCAACCAUCCCCCCCCAUGGACCUGAUGGUACUAUUCGCGCCCUACGAGAACGCCAACUACCUCGACGGAGUGAGCGUGGGGCCAACAACGAUCAUGAAACCUGGCUCUUCUCUGUUUGGUGCGGCGAAUGGUUUGAACCCGCUCGAAAUCUUUCAGCCUGCCAUUACGCACUCGCUUGUUUCCCAGUCAAACUCCAUGAGCAGCCCGUCAACGUCGAGCGGCCCGAACAACAACAUCACCGUUGAAAUCUCUUUCAACUUCCACCUCAGAAAGAGCUCUCUUCUCAAUUUCUCAGGUUUUCAAGAUUCUCUCACACCAGCCUCGAACUUGACAAUCAGGUCGAACAGCUCGGCCUUGCAUCCCCUCGCAUCAUGGCAGCCAGUCAACGGAGCCCUCCAAGUUCUUCUUUCAGACGACAUCGCAGCAAACACCCUCAUUCAGUUGGAGUUUUCUCUGCAGAAUCCUCUCUACGCGCGGCCUGGAGCUGACAUAAUGUUCGACUCGUCGUUGGUCACGACUUCGACUUCGACCACCUUCAGGCUCGGAGUCAUCAAACUGAGGACGUCGGACGGAUGGAAGGCUCCCAUGUACAUCGAGAACCAGUUUUCGUUCACGAGCGUGGGGCAGAGCAACCCUGCUCCCCUCGGUCAGAACAUGUUGAAUGUUUCAUUCGCCGCCAACACUGCGAUCAGUUCAGGGUCCGACUUUGUCCUUACCGGCCUGUAUGGUGCUGAAUUGCCUUCGGGUGAGAUCAAGUUGUACGGUUCUCAUGCCAGUCUCUUUCGAAGUUUUGCAACCAAACUUGCGGGAUACGCUUCUUGGGACAAUCGUAGCAAGACGAUCCGAUUCUCGUCGUCUGCAACUCUCAACAGAUGUCCGAUGGGCUGUCACAGCCCUUACAACGUUGCAGUCUGGCUCAACAACUCUCGCUUCUCCCAGCAAGCCCCUGACAUCUUCAUUCAGUGUACGGGCUUGACCAGCGUUAUGAUGACAAGGAUGGACCCCCUGCCGGGGCCUCAGGCGCCUCUCUCCAUCGCGCCGACGUUCAUCCGCUACUCAAUGGGUCAGAGCACAAACUUCCCCAGCAAGCUCAACGACCUGACCAUCACCAUCGCAUCCAACGCCAUCCUGUCAAGCAACAUGUCGUCUUUUAUCUCUCUCAAGGGUUUCUCAGGUGUCAGGACCGUGGACGGGAGCUCUUUCAUACCUCUCACUGGCUGCACAUGUCAGAUUCCUUUCGCUUCCUACUUGAAUCAGAGCGAACCCUGUCUCUGCUCCCCGUCCUCCUCAACAGCCCAGCAGCUCUUCACAGCUGAUGCCUGUGAUGAUCGUCCAGGUCAAGCUAAGUGGGUCAACGGGCAGGCUGUGGAGUUCUUCCUGCGUUCAGAGGUUCAUCCACUCCAGGCUAUUGUGGUUCGAUUUACAUUGAAGAAUCCCGACUACCAGCAGUCGCAGCAGCAGAUGAUGCUGUCAAGUGUCAGCCCCAACAUCCCUAACACGAUGAUCCUUCCUGACGUGGUUCGUAUCCUCCCGCUCCUCGGGGCUCAGCCUGGUGAUGCUGCUCCUCUUUACGUGGUCGCGAACUCCUUUCUGCUGCAGAAUAUACGUCAGAGCGUUCCUUUCCCUGGCGCGAGCAACACUAUCACUAUCGAAGUGGCUGCCAACGUUGACUUGACCAUGGCCGAUCAGACUGUCCUGACUGUCUCAGGGCUGACAGGAGCUCUUCUGUCUAAUGACGUCAUCAUUACCUCCAACACGGCGCCAAUUGCUCUCCUGGACGCGUCCGGCAAUGGGCAGGAUCAGCUCAAGUUUGCUUUCAACGUAGGAGGGCAGCAGAAGACCGGCUAUGGCGAGUGGUUCCAGUGCUCAGGAAACCAGAGCUGCAGCCGACUGCAGAGCUGCAAGGCUAGCGAGCUCUACCUCCGUCCUGCUGUCGACAUACCGGCAGGGCAGGUCACCAAGAUCUCGUUCCAGGUCAGGAACUCGCUGGCCGAGCAGUCCGCUGCUGCUCCCUCCAUCAGCGUCGGGACUUCUACGAGCACCAGCUACAUCAGGAAGACGCUGAUGUCUCCCUCCGCCUCGCAAGUGUCCGGCAACUUGUUGGGGGUGCAGACUGUCGACUUGGCUCCCCUCGUGAUCCUCAAGAAGAAGUUCGUUUACAGGACCAUCUCGCAGAGCUCGAACAGACCUGGUGCCUUGAACACUAUCACAGUCUCGCUCGUUCCUACCGUCCUGCUCACCGCCAAAUCUCCAGCCACCUUCAUCUCAGUCUCCAACCUCAGAGGGGCCAAGGGCGCACAAGGCAAGCUGAUCAUUCAGUCUGCCCUCAGGCUGCGGGUUGACUCUGGCAGCAACCCCUUGGAGCAAGAGGUCGGCUACGGAUACUGGAACGACGAGGACAAGAGCCUGACUCUGAGGGUGGUUGACAGUCAGGGGGUUGCAGAGGGUCAGCUCUUUGUCUUCUCCUUCACCAUCAAGAACCCCUGGCCCCUCUUCGAUCAGAACAUGAUCUGCGGGCAAUCCGCGAGCUACUGUAUCGGGCUGGAGCUGAGGAUGGGAACUUACGUCUACUCUGACGCUUUCGGUGUGGUGGGCGGGUUGAAUGAGGCGAUGAAUGUCAAGGCAUCAAGGUUCGGAGCCCUGAACGUGGCUGGGGUGCAGACGACGAUCUGUCAGAGCUCGGACAGGGCGUUUGAGAUGAACACCAUCUCGAUCAACCUCAUCUCCAACUUCGUCCACCCCAAGGGCUCUCAGAUUGUCAUCUCUCAGCUGUCAGGAUCUUCGACUGCAGACAUCGGCAGCUACCUCCUCUCCUCCAUCCUCGACCCCACCCAGCAGAUCAUACUUCUCAUGAAUCCUCUUUCCUCCUUGUACUUCUCCAGCGAGGAGGACCUCUUCCUCAUGAUCGGGGGAGACGAAGUCGUCAAGGUCCUUCAAGUGCGUCAGGACGGAUCUCUCAACGUCUCUCGCGCCGUCGCUGGGACCGCUCGCCCUUACCCUGCCAUGACGGCCGUGCAGCGAGUGGUGGAGAUCAGCUCGGUCCCUGCUGACAGUUCCAUCAGUCGGUUUGCCGGAUGGAACCGAACGCUGGGAGAGCUGACAGUGAACAUCUCUUCUGAUCUAUCGAGCGACCAGUACCAUGCUUUCAUCUUCCACCUCAGAAACCCAAGCCUCUCCUUCCAGUCGCCGCAGAUCUCAAUCUCGAGUUUCUUCAACGGUCAGAUGAUAGCCUACCCUGUCGCCAUGCCCUCCAAUACAAACUGCACGAGGCCAAUCUUCGUGCAGACUCCUCAGUUCCUUGUGAGAGAGGUUCAUUCCAACACAAACUUCCCGGGCGUCAAGAACGUCAUUACAGUCACCUUUCAGACCAACACGGCCUUGCGGGAGAGUUCUCAGCUUGUCAUCUACGGCCUCCCCUCUGACCUUCUCUCGACUUCAGUUGUUUCUCUCAAUGCAGAGAGCGGCAACUUUGCCAGCACUUUCAACCCGACAGCUUCAUGGACCAGCGGCAAUCUGACAAUUUCCGUCAGGUCCAGCGCAGUCUCACAAGCCUACUCCAGCUACUCUUUCAACUUCUCCGUGACCAACUCGCCGAUGCAGAGGAGCAGCCCCAAGGUCUACAUCCUGGCCAGUGGACUUGUCAACAUACAGGGCAGCCUCAUGGUGUCCGGCACUGGGAGUGACCUCUCCAUCUCCCUCCCUUAUGCCUACAUGGAGCAGUCCAGCUACUUCCCAGGACAGAAGAACAACAUCCUAGUCAAUCUCCGACUCGGGGUCGACCUGAGAACCGGGGACGUGCUGACUAUCUCAGGACUGAGCGGGAUGACGGCGCUUGACAACCCCCCAACCUCCCUAAGUUUUGACGCAUCAAAGUUAAUGUUGAAGUAUACGUCUGGGGCCGCAGUUUCAGCUGGGAAUGUCAUCACCUUUACCUUCACGGUCGUCAAUCCGUUCAAGGCAAACUCCAUCGCCCCUCCUCACAUCUACGGCAAUCGAUCCGGCGUCAUCCUCGUCCCAGACCUGACGUUCAUAGUGCCUUCGGACGUGUACAAGACUCCACUCUAUGUGCAAGUCCCCAGCUUCACCUCCGUGCGAUUCUUUCAGAGCUCGGAUCUUCCAGGAACUACGAACACCAUCACGGUGUUUCCCCUCCUUGCCAUCCCCUCCACUUGUCUGACGAUGUUUCAGGUAUCCCUGGUGGCGAAUGUUCCCACUUACAACCUGAAAAUCACUGGGUUAACGGGAUCUACAAGGUUUGCUUCUGACACGGUGGAUCUUAAGAUCACCCCCAACGCGGCUGUCAGCGACGCGUUCGAUAGCAGAGCCUCAUGGAAGCCCCUAGUCGGAGAGCUGAACCUCAGGCCAAAGAGCAUCGGGACUGUUAACCCAAACGUCCCUGCCAACAGCAGUUUCGUCUUCUCGUUCUUGCUGGACAACCGCUUUCAGGGUCAACCCGCCCCCGUAACUCGAAUCUUCAUCCAGUACUGCUCGGAUGCGUCGAGCUCGUGCUACAUCAACGUAACUUUCACCAGUUCGACUUCUUCCUCUCCUCUCUUCAUCCAGAGCCAGAAGUUCACUAUCCUCAACAUCUCCCAGACAAGCAGUCUCCCUGGGCAGGCGAACACCAUCAAGUUUGCGCUUGCUUUCAACGUUCCUCUGCUGAACGGAAGAAUUCCAAAGCUGAGGAUUACAAACUUGUACCCUCUUAUACCGGCUCUGGGACAGAAUUUCCUAGAGAACGGAGCUUACGUCAUGAAGCUUGAACUUCCAUCGAGCUCCAAUGAAUUCUCGCCCAACAGCCUCUUGACUUUCUCCAUCACUGGGACGAAUGUGCUUGACUGCUGCAGUCAAGGCCAGACCCUGUGUGGCCCAUUCGCGCCGGUCAUAUCUGUCAUCGACGACCAGGGAACCUGCAGCAUCAACGGCAUCAUCCGAGCUUGUUCUGCUGAAUGUCUCUCCCCUUGUGAUAAGGUAGAAAUCCUAGGGACUCCUGCCACCCUGCAAAGCCCGAUGCAAGUCGACUGUCCGCGAUUCAUAUCCGCAAACAUAUCUCAGAGUUCAACUUUUCCCGACUUCAACAACGUCAUCCGAGUACAGUUCUCCACGAAUGUUAACUUGGACAAACAAGUCUUCCAAAUCCUCGGCCUCAAGGGUUACAAUCCUUCAGCUGGAUUCACCCUCUUUCAGUCUGCUGUCCUACAAUUACAACCAUCAUCAGAAUUCUCAGCUCAAAUCAUACAGUAUAAAACUGUGGACAGCUUCACGACUUACGAGUUCGAGUUCGUUGUCCUCAACCAGCUGAGCCCGCAGCUCUCCCCUACCACGAGGAUCUUCAGCAACGGAACGGCUGUCCUGUUCCCGUUCACCAUGACUGGUUCGUCGAUGACCAUCGAUCCCUUCAAGUUCAUUCUAGCGAGAGGGUCACAAUCCUCCUCCUCCCCAGGCGCUGAGAACACCAUCAUCAUCACAUUUGCUGCCAACAUAAAAAUCACCAAGGAUAUGAACCUGACCCUUUCUGGCCUCGGAGGAGCUGUUUACCUCGACUCCGACCCUUCAGGGCUGCAGCAAGACGCGGUCUAUGGCUGGCAAGGAGAGUUCCACAACAACGACAAAACGGUUGUCUUCUACUCGGACAAGACGUUUCCUCCAGGAACCAACCUGAUCGUUUCCAUCAAGAUCAGGAACGAGAUAUUUCCUCAACCCCCUCCGGACAUUUUUAUUGAGGCAUACAAGCAGGACGUGCAGGCGUUGGAGCGCAGGGCCGUCGAUUCUCUUCCACGGCAGAUCCUUUUCAUUGACCCUCCGCAGUUCAUCACGAGGUACAUCGAGCAAUCGUCUUCGAAUCCCCUCACGAUGAAUCAACUCUACUUCACUCUGAUACCAAACAUGUACAUUCCCAAAUACUCAGAAGUCGCAGUCUCGAAUUUGAGGGGGGCCCUGUUGAACUCAAAUUCUACUAUGACUUCAAUCCUAUCCACCAACUCCAGCUAUUUCCUCAGCGAUUCAGCAAGCUGGCUCAACGACAACAAUGGAACCGUUACCGUUCAAACCGUCAACUCCAUUCCAGCACGAAGUCCGAUCGACUUCUCCCUGGCUUUCUGGAAUCCAUCAGCAAGGCAGGAUCCUCCGCCAGUAUCAGUCAUUCUGACUGCCCCCAGCCUUGGGCCCUUUCUGCUGACGUCAGCACAAGGGAUUCCCGAUAGUGUUCCCUUCGAAGUGUCUGCCCGAAAGUUUUUGCGGAAGGAUAUCAAGCAGUCCAACACUUUUCCAGGAUAUCAGAACCAGAUCUCCUUGUCAUUCAGUGUCAACUUCAACACGACAAAGAAUUCGUUCAGCCUUGUGAUCUCGAAUACGAGUGGGUAUUUACAAUCAAUCAACAGCAUUCAAACCAUGAUGAGCUCACAGUUUUCCAUGUUCACUGAUUUCUCUGUCAUGACAAUCAACGGGAAGUCAAGAAUCUUUGAUGGAGUUGCCAAAAAGAAUGACGAUCAGUUCAUCUUCGCUUCGGGUCAAGAACCUAUAUCAGCCGGCACAGUUUAUGAGUUGCUAAUUACGAUCGUCAACUCUCAAACUGCGAGGGAAUCGCCAGCUUCCAUCUAUUUCUCCAUCUUCGACACCAACGUCCAGCUCACAGAGAUUGCAGACAAGUUAGACGUGGCACAGAACCUUCCUGGUUGGAUGCCAAAGGACUCCUUCCCUUUCAAGGUCUAUCCCCCGUCCUUCCCCUACAAGAUCAUCGCUCAGUCUUCCCCGUACCCCGCCGCUUCCAACACCAUCUCCGUCUCUCUCGCCUCUAACGUUCGGCUCAUCGCCGGUACUCAGCUCGUCAUCGCGGGCUUGACCGGCACCCAGACGAGCUCGUCGACGCUGGCGCUGACCCUCAAGAGCGACACGGUGCUGUUGAGCACGGGGGCGUGGGAUGGAGGGAACGGGACGCUGACGCUGACGGUGGCGAGCGGGAAGGAGCUGGGCGCAGGGGCGGUCGAGACGGUACGCUUCACGAUCAAGAACCCGUCGACGGCGAGGGCAGCAGCGGACGCGACGAUUGCAGCGGUGGGGCAGACGGGGAUCGGGGCGGAGACGAUGGAGGUGAACGCGUCGUACGUACCGGGAGUAGCAGGGGCAGGGGGAGGGGACGGGAGGCCGUUGGCGGUACAGGGGGCAUCGCUGGUGGUGAGGAGGAUAGAGCAGAGCUCGAGCUACCCCGGAGAUAUGAACUCUAUCAGCGGCUAUUUCAUGCUAAAUUUUGACGCGAGUUCUCUUGAACUGGCCAUCGUUUCGCAGGGAACGGAAUCGUACUUGGUGAUCGAAGGAUUGCGAGGAACAGAUACUGGAGACUCUGGCUCCCUUCCAGUCUCCCUUUCUUGGAAGAACUUGUCUACCAUCGUCAAUGGCACUUGGAAUCAAAGCAAGGGAGAAUUAAAGUUCCCGUUGCAGGACAGUAUCUGGUACCUUGAUCUUCAGUACAAUUUUAGCUUCCAGAUCAAGAAUUCAAUGACACCUGUUGUGACCAGCGCUGUUUAUGUAUCUUUCAUGAGAGGUCAAGUAGCAAUAGUGAACAAGGAGUCCUUUGGUAGCAUAGCAGGUCAAGCAUAUCCCAUCUUCAUCGAGCCUCCCGGGUUCGUCAAGAAAGCUGUUGGGCAAACGAAUCCAUAUCCCGGAGUCCUCAACGACAUAGUCAUCACUCUGCAGCCAAACACUGAGAUCCCGGCGGAUUCAAUGUUGAUUGUCCGAGGGUUUCAAGGGCUCAAUCUCAGCGCUUCCAUGACAUACUCCAGCCUUGUCAACUUGUUUGCUGUCAACUCCUCCUGGCCGUCAGAAGACGCUUUCAAGUUGACCACCACAAGUUCAUGGCAAGUCGGGCUGGUUCAAGUCCUGUACCUGCAUAUCGUGAACGUAAAUCGCUACCGGGCUUCUAGAACUCUGACAGUUGAAAUCUAUCUCAACGCCUCCGGGUCCCAAACAAUCUUUUUCAACCCUCAGACUCUUAUCAACGACAACACAAGCAUACCUCCGGUGUUGGGAGCUUUACCGGGGGACGCGAGUCCGUUCAAGGUCCAAGCUCCCUCCUUCAUUCAACCCAGAAUCUCUCAGAGUUGCGCUUACCCGUCGUGUUUGAACACCUUCAUGGUGUAUUUUGCUCUGAACUUGCAACUCAACAGUGCAGACAAGGACGCGAUCUUGAUCAAAGGUCUCGUUGGACUGACAUCUGACAUGUUUGUGGACUUGCGACAAGUGUCUGAUGGUAAUGGCGGGCAUCUUCUCUUCUCCAGGGAUGGACCAACAGUGUCUAGUGCACUGUGGAAUCAGUCCACGUCAAGCUUGAUGCUCUACGUUGCUGAUGGGAAGACUGUGAUGGAGAAUGUUACCUACGGCUUUCAAUUUACAGGUACCAAUCCCUCGGUCAGCCAACCUGCUCCUGCUAUCUUUCUUGCACACGCGGGGAACAAGAAGGUUGUGAAUGAUCUCGAGUUCUCUUCGAGUACGGUCGGGCUGUCGUCACUCUCAGGGUUGGCAGUGGGAACUUCAACAGCGCUUCGAGUCCUUCCGCGACACUUCGAGUACAGGAAAACCAGUCAGACCACGUCAUAUCCAGAAGCUGUCAAUGUCAUCACUAUCAGUCUUGUUCCCACUGUCCUGAUCCCAUCCGGUACCGCCUUGUCCUUCUCAGGCUUUCAGGGAGCAUCCUCCCUCACCGGUGGUAACGUCAGGGUCUUCAAUACCCUGCUUUCCUUCCCUCCGGUCAACGACACUGCCCAGUGGUCGGACAGCGAGAAGUCGAUGGUCACCUACGUUGCGACGGACUUCCUUCCAGGGUCUCUGCUCCGUCUCAGUUUCUCAGUCAAGAAUCCUCCUUAUGCACAAGACCCUCCUCGUAUUCGAGUCUUUGCCAGCCUGUCCAUCGCCAACGUCACGUUCUCGGCCAACCAUGGAUGUCUUGAGGACGCGUUUCUCAGCUCGUUCGGAGGGGGAGGGAGAGGUUUCAUUGGCCGAUACGUGCUUGCUUCCAACGUCGUGGUGGUUGUCAACCGAGGGUUGGGAUACACUUCCACCCCUCUGCUCGUGGUAUCCAGCGGGGGUCGCGGCUGCUCUCAAGGCGCAUUCGAAGCGCACCUUGAAGGGAUCUUGCUUCCCCCUCAGAUCAUUGACUGGGACCCAACGGGCUCAGCUUCGAGGACUUUGUACGUCGAGCCUCGGAGGCUGCUGACGGCAGAGGCACUACAGUCAACCUCCUCUCCAAAUGCUCGCAACAGGAUCACGGUUCGGUUCGCCACAAACUUUCUUGUGGACCCUGCGAGGUACAGGUACCUCCAGCUGAGCAACGUCCCGUUUGCCUACAGUGAGAGGACUGCUGUCUUCUUCGAGGGCUCGGGUAACGCAAGUCUAUUCAGCGCGGGCCCCGGGUACUCGUCGGGAUCGGCUUUCUUUGAUCCUAAGGUGAAGACGGUGGCGACAACUUUCAGUCAGGCCCUUGAGGUCGGCAAGGUGUAUGAGUUCUCCUUCUACGUGAAGAACGCAGAUGUCGCCUCCAGAGGGUUCGGACUGAACUUGUCCUUCGGGGAAGUAUUGUUUGCUCCUGCAAGAAUGAAUACUUCCAUCUCGACGUCAAGUUGCAGUUCAGCUUGCUAUGACAACACGACAUUCAGCAGUGUGCCAUUGUCUUCGUUGACUUCUACAGCUGCCCUUGAGGUCUGCUCUUUCACCAUCUACCAGGCGCAAAUUCGGCAGACGAACUCUUACCCGAAUGCCAUGAACACAAUCACCGUACAAUUCGCAGUAAACUUUGACGUCCAUCGAGAUGCUGUACGAGAGAUCGAGAUAUCAGGGCUUUCAGCUUAUGCCACUCCAAGUUCUGCCAGCUUGCCACUCGCCGAGUCUUCGACUCCUCUGAAACUGGAAGCUUUUGAGAGCACGGGGAGAUGGAAUGCUACCUACGGUACUUUGACAGUCAAGUUGAGAGGAGCCCUGAAGCAAUGCGCUAUCUAUUCUCUUACCUUCAACCUGACUAACUCCCCGUUCGGGAACGACUACACUGAAGCUAAGGUCUACCUGCUGUUCAGGGGCGUCGAUAGUAUCUCCUACAUGCUCGACAGAAGCCUCUCGUGGAUUGAUCUGCUCAAAGGCCUUGUGGGAGAUCUAGCUCCUCCCUCCGUCCGCCCGGCGAGUCUCUUGUACAAUCAAGUCUAUCAGUCCAGCCCCUACCCCGCAGACCUCAACGUCGUGACUGUUGAGCUCCAAUUCAAUGUUGACCUACCGCCGAUGGUCACCCUGACUGUUCACGGGCUGCUGGGGGAGAUCGACCGAUCAACGCUGGGAAGUAGCUACAUCUCGAUGACGGCAGACUGGAGCACAACGAGCCCGUACAGGAGCUGGAAGCAAGUGGGAACCACAUUGCAGGCAGACCAAGGAAAAGCGAAGCUCACAUUUCAUGACAAGAUACCGGAACGAGCUUUGAUCCAGCUGAAACUUUACAUCUUCAACCCAAAAGUCCGCACCGAAGGCAGCGAUGUCCUGCUAUCGAGUGAUGGCAUUUGGGGAGCGGAUACCAACAUCAGCAGAAAACCUUCAUUCUUUCUGAGCCCUCACAGGCUGCAAGACAAUCCGGAUUACAUCAUCUGUGAGAUGAAGAGAAUCUUGCAAGGCUAUGGUCGUCCGUUCUGGGUGUUCGCUCCAGUGCUAACGAAGCAGCAAUCUGCGCAGAGCUCGACGUUUCCAGGGGCUCAGAACACGAUCACAUUCAGUAUCUCUUCAAACUCCCGCAUAGCAGAUUGUGAGAUUUCAAUUUACAGCCCUAUAGGUUGGAUGAGCCACGCUAAUGACACUUCUGUCCAAGUGCUUGUUGGGUCCUCAACACUCACCUCGCGUCUCGCGUUUCUCAACAACACGCUACAAGUUUCGAUGAAGAACAGCAGCGUCAUUGGAGCCCUCCAGCUCUUUGAGUUCUCCGUUAUCUUCACCAACCUGAUUCCCACAGGAAGCAUUCAUCCCAACACGACCUUCCAGCUCACGGUCUGCGACUUCUUGGCCACCCAGCCCAUGAAUGCUCCGACGUCAGCCCUUCCAAACAUCCCGGGAUCAGUGGAAGGGGAUCAAUUCCCUUUCAAGGUCUAUCCCCCGUCCUUCCCCUACAAGAUCAUCGCUCAGUCUUCCCCGUACCCCGCCGCUUCCAACACCAUCUCCGUCUCUCUCGCCUCUAACGUUCGGCUCAUCGCCGGUACUCAGCUCGUCAUCGCGGGCUUGACCGGCACCCAGACGAGCUCGUCGACGCUAGCGCUGACCCUCAAGAGCGACACGGUGCUGUUGAGCACGGGGGCGUGGGAUGGAGGGAACGGGACGCUGACGCUGACGGUGGCGAGCGGGAAGGAGCUGGGCGCAGGGGCGGUCGAGACGGUACGCUUCACGAUCAAGAACCCGUCGACGGCGAGGGCAGCAGCGGACGCGACGAUUGCAGCGGUGGGGCAGACGGGGAUCGGGGCGGAGACGAUGGAGGUGAACGCGUCGUACGUACCGGGAGUAGCAGGGGCAGGGGGAGGGGACGGGAGGCCGUUGGCGGUACAGGGGGCAUCGCUGGUGGUGAGGAGGAUAGAGCAGAGCUCGAGCUACCCCGGAGACUUGACGACUUUGACUGUUGUGCUGGCUACGAACUUUGACUACACUACGACAGGUAAUACAAAGUUAAACAUCAUGUCGACCUACUGGGACCAAGUGACCUCUUUGACUCUGAAUAGCAAUACGCUGUUGAGCUCAUGCUCUUAUUCGAGUCCCAGCCUUGUUUGCAGUUUCAACUCUGGGGUUUCGUUUGUAAGCGCAACGGAGUACACUUUCUCUCUGUCGGCAAAGAACAAGUUUGUUGUGAACGGGGUCAAAGCUCAAGAUUUCUCGAUUUCUUUGACGCCAAUCACAUCAAGUUUGCAAAUGACUUCAACUAGUCCUAUUGGGAUCUUGAGUCCCACUGUGACAAUAGCGAACAUCGGGCAGUCUAUCCCGUUCCCUGCUUUUCAGAACACAGUGACCGUCACAUUUCAGUCGAACGCACGUUUGGAUGAUCAGUUGACAAUCACCCUUUUCAACUUACAAAACGCAUUAUUUCCCUCUACCAUCGUCACGUCAGCCUAUGCUAACUUUUCCUACCCGUCCUUUAGUGCAGCGACGAAAUCAGCAACAACUGACGAUGUUUCCUUCACCAUCGCACCUGGAGCAAGUCUGCUGCCAAACGUCAUCUACGCCUGGUCCUUCCAGAUUACGAAUCCUGUGAAAGAGCAGGGCGCUCCCGUUAUCACAUUGAGGGUCGUGGGCUCCACCUACCCCGAAGGAUUCGGUGCAACCGUGACCCCGUCCACCUCCAUCGCAGCUGAGCAAUGCCUCGUCAUCGUUAAGUUUGAUAUGACAGUCGUGCAGGACGAGGUGCAGCCGUACGCCAACAACAAGAUCACUGUGCGGAUGCGCUCCCGCAUCAUUCCAGACGCGACCACACUCUUCACCAUCUCAAACUUGGUCGGGGCGACAGCAGUCGGGCUGCAGGGCACAUCCCUCAUGGUCAGCGACGCGUCUGACGGAUGCAACAAUCAGAAUCUCUUUGCGGUCAACUCCGCUCAAGGUUACGGCACAUGGGUGGACGCGGCGAAAUCCCUUACCCUUAAGGUGGCUCAAGACGUGACUUACGAUGCGGUCAACCUGUCGUUUGUCGUUGCAAACCCUCCAGUCGGGCAGCGAGGGCCUUCGUUAACGAUCUCACUGAACAGGAAGGGGGUAAACAUCUUCAGCAUUCCCAUCGUCUUCAUCCCGCCCACCAUCAACUACUGUUUCGACGAUCCGAUCUGCAUUCCUGGAUCGAGGCAGAAUGACACAAAACCCUUAAACGUGUAUGACUUUCCCCGGUUUACCUACAUCGCCGUUGGGCAGACCACGCAUCUCCCCUCGAGAUCGAGCACGUUGACGAUCUCCCUUCAGAUGAAUGUCGUGCUGUCUCAGACUCUGAACGCCUACAUCGAGAUCACCGAUCUUGUUCUUGUGGACAUGCCAACGAAAAUUUAUGCAACCGACGCGUCCACCUUCAAGGCUUGCGUGACUUGCGCGACCUCUACUGUCUACUGGGACAACAUGAAGAAGAAACUGACCCUCUACGUCGCUACGACGUUCCAGAAGUUGACAGCCAGCUAUUACAUCCUGUCCUUGGCCGUCAUGAACAGCAACAUCUCUGACGUCUACCCCAAGGUGCCGGUGCAGGCAAUCGCCAUCAACACGGCUCAAACGGGGUCGGAAGCUGACAGCAGCAGGCUUCAGACGCUCUUCUUCGGCCUGGGCUUCACUUGGUUGAGGACGAGGGUCAUCGGGCAGAGCAACCCUUACCCCGAGCAGCGAAACACCCUCACCAUCACUCUAGCCGUCAGCUCCAACAUCUCCUCCUCCGCCCAGCCUCUCAUCUCCAUCACUUGCCUGCUGGGCAAGAGCUGGGGUUCGACCUUGGUGACCUUGCAGGACCCAACGGGACAGAACUUUGACAAGAUGUUUGCCGACAAGUCCAGCUCGGGGACACCUGGGCAGGCGAACUGGGAUGGAGCCCAGUACACGCUGUCUUUCUUCCUCGUGCAGGACUGGAACUCUGACAGGCAGGUCAUCCUGAGUUUCACGAUGAUGAACAAGAGGAGCUACGAGGCAACUGCCAUGUGCAGCUCCAACGCUCUCUACAUCCAGUUCGCUCCUCCUCAAUCUGACGAGCUCAUCAAACACCAGGGUACCAUCAGCCUGACCGAGUUCAACUACGACCUCUCCUCUAUCCCACUCGUGGUCGGCGGUAAAGUGGGCGAUGCGGACCCACGGGUAAUCUACCAGUACGGCUUCACUUUUCUCUCCAUCUCCCAGUCCAACCCAACCCCAAGGGAGAACAGCACAAUCACCUUCAGCUUCUCCUCCAGCCUCCCGCUCGACUCUGGCUCUGCCAUCUUCCUAUCCUUCCACCCGAUGACCUCUCAGUUCGUCUGGAUGGACGACUCCGGUGUGAAGCCAAUCCAGGAAAGCACCAGCAGCACCAGUCACUUCUCCUCCUCCUACCUCGACUUCCGGGCUGGCACUCUUUGCUGGAACUCCGGGAGGGAUGGGGUAGCAGUCCCGCACAUGGUUCUCUACCUAACAUCGAUGAUCAACGCAUCUGUCAUCUACAACAUCUCCUUCAACUUCACCAACCCAGCACAGACGCAGGACACGGUGCUGACUAACGCGACCAUCAAGUCGGUCACAAACUCUUCGCUGCGGCAGGAGUGCUCGCUCGCAAACUCGUGGGGAAUCUGCUCCUCCUGCCUUGAGAUCCCUUCUAAGCAAGUGGAUACGCCAUCAAGCGUGAGAGCUGUCCUGAGGAUUCUAGCGGGCUAUGUUGAGACGAAGAUCGGCCAAUCCAGUCCCCUUCCUUCAGCUAUCAACACGCUCACUGUCACCCUGGAGGUCAACAACCAGCUCGACGCAGGAGCAAAGGUCACUCUGUCGGGGUUGCGAGGAGCCUAUCCCUUGAAGGGCUUCGACAUCAACACCAACUACCCGAUCUCCGGAUCGGGCUGGGACUCAUCCAUGGGAAGCGCUAAGUGGUUCUCCCCGACCGUUGGCUCUCCUUACCUGGUCGUCACUCUGUCCAAGAAGCUCGUCAACGCCAACACCUUUGCCAAGUCCUACAUGCUCGGCCCCUUCCAGUUCCAGGUAGUCAACGGGGUCCUAGCCCAGCUGCCCCCGAGCAUUUUCGUCAGCGCGACGAUGCCGAUGGUGGAUGGAGAACAGACGGUGCUGCCGCUGAGGAACAUGACAACGCCUGAGAUCCCGCUAGCUCCUUUGUUUCUUCAGAAGGUCUUCGUCCUCGCCAACGUCGGCCAGUCCGACGGCUCCCCAGCCCUACAGAACGUCAUCACCGUCACUCUGCAGACCAACUUCCUUCUCCCAGCUGGGUCCCAGCUGACGUUCGGGGUGGGGACUGACCAGAGAAAUGACGGGUUUGUGGGAGCCGUUUACCCCAAGGGUCCCAUCGCGAUCCAGGAUGGAGGAGCAGGAGCAGGAGCAGGAGCAGGGUCCAGCUACUUCAGCUCAGCGGUCUGCGGAGAACAAGAGAACGCGACAUUCUACGGGAAAGGCUACUGGUGUCCGGGGCUCUCGCAGACUUGUCCUUGCAACAAGUAUGCGACGAAGCAUCUGGUGGUGAAGACAGCCCAGCCGAUAGCUCCCUGCACACGAGACGACUCCUUGCUCGCCUGCAUGCUCGAGAACUCCUCCUACGUGGUGUUUUCCUUUCAGGUCGUCAACCCAUACCUCACCAAGGGACAGAGCCCCCCCAGGAUCGUCCUGCGUGCUGCUGACGUCACCGUGCAAGACAGGCUGAUGAAGACUUGCUCCUCUCCCCCUGUCUACAUGAGCAGCUCCCUCGACGCGUGCGAGACUCUUCCUCCUCCCAUUGCUGCUCCUCUGCGCAUCUAUCCCAAGUUCUACUGCUACCUCCAGCCGGAUCCUACCUCCCCUCUUUUCUCCCCCUUCUCAGGAUCGAGUUUCUGUGGGACACAAGGAGCAAGCCCUGUCUCUGCUGUCUGCGCCUUGAACGACACGGCAGCCUACAGCUACUACAACCAGACGCUCCGAGCUCUCUUCCAGGGCCUCGUCCUCUCCUCCUCCAACGUCAUCGGGCCGAAUAUGUUCGACGGCACCCAGCUCAACUGCUACACCAACUUCACCUCCAUGUGCACAGAUGCUGGGGGCACCCUCUCCUCCUCCUUCGCGCAGACGUUCGGCACGAGCGGCUGCUGCUCGAGCGUGUUCGGGCGCCUGAAACGGAGCUCCUUGCCAGGGGAGGCGACAGCCUCGCUCCUCCUCCCAGGUUUCCCAACUGUUGACAAGUACAAGGUGGACCUGGGAAUGUGCCGGACGGACGACGACUGCAAGAAUAUCGACCCUGAGAGGACCGGGUACGUGGACUACACUUCCACCUCCUCCUUCAACACAGGCAUCCCCAACAUCAUGGUGUGCUGCGACGCUUGUCAAAGUCUCAUGUCAACGGUCUGCUCCAUCGGCAACUCCUCGGCCGCCUCGUACUGCAGGCUCUACUUCCGCUGCUCUCCAACGAGGCCGUGCUUCGGAGCGAUCAACCUUGCUCCUACCACCACACCACUAGAGACAACGCCUCCUCCUCCACCGCCGCCCCCCCCUCCUCCUCCUCAGGAGAUGUCACCUCCUCCAUACGUCGUCGUGACCUUCAGGAUCGCCAACUUCGGCCUCUUGUCCUUCUCUCAGGACGUCAAGCAGAAGAUCCUCAACGACCUCGCCUCCUUCCUCGGCUACGACGCCGUCCAGCUCCUUCAGGUCAUCUCGGCGCAGGAGGUGAACACGCGGAGGAGCUCGGAGGCAACGAGGCAGAGGCAUCAAGAGCAGCAGCAGAAGGAGGAGGAAGAUGAGGCAUACAGCCUCCUUGCCGUCUCUCUGCAGUUCGUUGUCAGGAUCGUCGUCAUGAACUCAGCCCAGGCGUUCCAAGUCGCCAAGACACUGUUCGACGGGUCGAGGAGCGGCCAACUGCAGCAGGCCUUCACCAGCGUCUCGCUCACCAUCGGGCUAGUCAACGUCACUGCCUUCGACAGCACCCAGCAGCACAUCUCCCUCGUCGGAGCCAACGUCCCGCCCAUGUACAUCAACCCCUGCGCGUCAAUCCCUUACUCGCAGGACCUCCAUGACCAGUUCUGCUCAAACACCUUCCUCAGCCUAAGUCCUGCUGACACCCAGGAGGCGAUCAGCAUGUGCCAGGGCCUGGACGGCUGCUGCUACCAGAACCAGUCUGGACUCUCCUCCUCUCAGCUCUGCCGGGCCUGUGCUGACUGCGCCAACGGGUCUUAUCCCUGCGGCACCUGCUGCUUCGCUCCUGUCCGUCGGAGGUCUCGACGAGCAGAUGAGACUUGCAACCCAGACGUAGCGAUGUGA